AUGUGCGCAGACAUCAACGUCGACGUUCUCGUUAUUGGCGCUGGCCCAACGGGUCUUGGUGCUGCCAAGCGUCUCAACCAGAUUGACGGCCCAUCAUGGCUGAUCAUUGACUCCAACGAGAAGGCCGGUGGUCUUGCUUCCACAGACGUUACCCCCGAGGGUUUCCUCUACGAUGUUGGUGGCCACGUCAUCUUCUCCCACUACAAGUACUUCGACGACUGCAUCGACGAGGCUCUCCCCAAGGAGGAUGACUGGUACGAGCACCAGCGUAUCUCAUACGUUCGCUACAAGGGCCUCUGGGUCCCCUACCCCUUCCAGAACAACAUCUCCAUGUUGCCCAAGGAGGACCAGGUCACUUGCCUGGAAGGCAUGAUCGACGCUGCUUUGGAGCACCGUGUUGCCAACACCAAGCCCAAGAACUUUGAUGAGUGGAUUAUCCGCCAGAUGGGUGAUGGUAUUGCCAACAUCUUCAUGAGACCCUACAACUACAAGGUUUGGGCUGUUCCGACCACCGACAUGCAAGCUGAGUGGCUCGGUGAGCGUGUCGCCGCCCCCAACCUGAAGCUUGUCACCAAGAACGUCGUCCUGAACAAGGUCGCUGGUAACUGGGGCCCCAACGCCACUUUCCGCUUCCCUGCUCGCGAUGGUACUGGUGGUAUCUGGAUCGCUGUCGCCAACACUCUCCCCAAGGAGAAGACGCGCUUCGGCAAGCACGGAGAGGUCAGCAAGGUCGAUGCUGCCAAGAAGACUGUCAAGCUCGCCGACGGCACUACCAUCAAGUACGAGAAGCUUGUCUCCACCAUGGCUGUGGACCACCUCGUUGAGGCCAUGGACAACAAGGAGCUCGUCAGCCUGAGCAAGGGUCUGUACUACUCGUCGACUCACGUCAUCGGUGUUGGUCUGAGAGGCGAGCGCCCCGAGCGCAUUGGUGACAAGUGCUGGCUGUACUUCCCCGAGGACAACGCUCCUUUCUACCGUGCCACCAUCUUCUCCAACUACUCCCCCUACAACCAGCCUCAGGCUGAUGUCAAGCUUCCCACCAUCCAGCUGGGUGACGGUAGCAAGCCCAAGAGCUCCGAUGCCAAGGAGGGUCCUUACUGGUCCAUCAUGCUCGAGGUCUCCCAGUCCACCAAGAAGCCUGUCGACGAGGCCAACCUCCUCCGGGAUUGUAUCCAGGGUCUUAUCAACACUGAGAUGAUCAAGCCCGAGGAUGAGAUCGUCUCUACCUACCACCGCAAGUUCGACCACGGUUACCCUACCCCUGCUCUCGAGCGUGAGGGUGUCCUCAAGGAGCUUCUGCCCAAGCUUCAGGACAUGGACAUCUGGUCCCGUGGCCGAUUCGGCAGCUGGAGAUACGAGGUCGGUAACCAGGACCACUCGUUCAUGCUCGGUGUCGAGGCCGCCGACAACAUUGUCAACGGCGCUGUCGAGCUGACCCUGAACUACCCCGACUUUGUGAACGGCCGCAAGAACGAGGAGCGUCGUCUGGUCCAGGGCACUCUGGCCACCAAGAAGUCCAGCAGCAACGGUGCUCUGCCGACGCGCAAGGCUUAA